AUGUAUUUGUCAAUGACGGCAGAAAGUUUCGAAUUGGAAGAUGCAACUGGUGAAAGUAUUGUACUACAAGAACAACUUCAACAACAAAUAGCUCAAGAACAACAAAUGGAACAAAUGGAACAAAUGCAACAACAAAGUCAAGAAUAA